AUGCGCAUUACUUCCUUGCUAUUCGCCUCGAUGGCAGCCGCCACAACUUUAUUCUGUAACGGUGGCACUGAGGGCAACGGAGAUUGCGAGAACAAUAAGCUGCAUACUUACUGCUGCAGUGAUGUAAACGAGGCUCCUUACGUCAACGCGAGAGAGGUCACGGUGAAGUCCGAAGACCGCAAAGGUCGGGAUGUUUGCACGCCCUCAGGCACUCUGAGAGUCGGAAGGGUGUUUCGUGCGCCAUAG